CCGUCUACCACCCACCGCUGCGCUGCACAUAUGAUUGUGAGUAAUACUGUGACGCAAUGUAAAUAAUGCCUGCGAUUUGAAUUUUUUUGUCAACAAAAAUGCUACUCCUACGAGUGCUUUGAUUAAAUAUAGACAAAGUUAGUGAUUUAAUGUUCACCGUAUUCGAGAUAGAAAUAUUAUCAACGUAAAUAGUGAUAUUAUCUUAAAGCUUAAGAAGCAUAACUAAAGAUGAAGUUACACUGUAUAGUUUGGUUGUUCAUGCUGUUUGUGAUAAGCGUCUUUUGCACAGUAAUACCACAAGACUUUGAAAAAACAGGUCAUUCCAAUAAUUGGGCAGUAUUAGUUGACACCUCGCGAUUUUGGUUCAAUUAUCGCCAUGUUGCCAAUGUUUUAUCAAUUUAUCGAAGUGUUAAGCGACUUGGUAUACCAGACUCACAAAUUAUCCUAAUGAUCGCUGACGACAUGGCUUGUAAUCCAAGAAAUCCAAGACCAGCAACAGUCUUUAACAAUAUUAAACAACAUAUCAAUGUAUAUGGUGAUGAUGUGGAAGUGGACUAUCGAGGAUAUGAAGUGACUGUUGAAAAUUUUGUUAGAUUAUUGACUGGUAGAUUGGAGCCAGAAACACCCAGAUCAAAGAAAUUAUUAACUGAUGAAGGUUCUAACAUACUUAUCUAUUUAACUGGACAUGGUGGUAAUGGUUUUCUCAAAUUCCAAGAUUCUGAGGAAAUCACUAGUCAGGAGUUGAGUGAUGCUUUAGAACAAAUGUGGCAAAAGAGAAGAUAUCACGAAAUUUUGUUUAUUGUUGAUACAUGUCAGGCUAGCUCUAUGUAUGAGAAAUUCUACUCUCCAAAUAUUUUAGCUGUGGCAUCUAGUCUUGUUGGAGAAGAUUCACUUUCUCAUCAUGUUGAUCCAGCUAUUGGUGUUUAUAUUAUUGAUCGAUACACUUAUUAUGCUUUGGAAUUCCUUGAAACUGUAGAACCAUCAAGUACUAGAACUUUGAGUGAAUUUUUAAAAGUCUGUCCAAAGCAUUAUUGCCUCUCGACAGUAGGUGUUAGAGAAGACUUAUUCAAAAGAGAUCUCAAGACUGUUCCAGUCACUGAUUUCUUUGGUUCUUUAAGACCAGUUGAACUUACUACAAGUAUUGUAGACAUAAGUAAUCUUGUUAAAAGCAAUGAUACCAUGACAAAGCGUUACACUCCACUGAAUAUAGAAAAAAAAUACAAGCUGGUUGAACAAUUCCCAACUGUAUCGCAGAUUCGAUAAUGCGUUUCGAAAUUAUAAAUGAGUUUUCUAUCCGCAGAUGUACACAUAUAACAGUUUGUUUUAAUUAAGACUUUUACUGUAUAUAAAUGGAUUUAUAAGUAGCAAAAUAAAACGAAAUGCCAAGUUCUUUUUAUGUUUAAAAAGAUAUGUACAGAUGUGAUAUGAUUAUAAAUAGUAUAUUUAGUAACAGUAAGUUGUAAUAUAUUUGGAAAUAUACAGCAACUUAAAGUAUCUAUUAGGUUUGAUUUGACCUCAUGUGACGUCUGUUAUUUUACAUCUUUAUUUUAUACGUUGUAUGGUUAAGAAAGUCAGUCUACUUGUCUCAAUCUUGCAUAUACACUUUUUUUUUCAUUUAACCAACUUGAAAUAAAAUUCAACUUUGAACAGAGGAUUAUAACAGUAACAAGAAAGUGGA